AUGCUCAACAGUCACAACCAGCAACAAGAGUUUAAGCCAAUCACCACUAGAGAGCUGCAGCCAAGUGAUGAAACCCCGGCCUCACCGAUCUUCACUUCAACUCCAUCAGUUUGGGAACUUGUUAAACUAAAUGCACCAGAAUGGCCCUAUGCUUUACUUGGGUCAGUGGGUGCAAUUCUGGCCGGCAUGCAAGCUCCUCUCUUUGCUCUUGGAAUUUCAUAUGUCUUGACUGCAUUCUAUUCUUAUGAUGAUUCCCGAAUCGAACAAGAGGUUAGACGGGUUUCACUCAUAUUUGUUGGAGUUGCUCUUGCUAUGAUACCUUUAUAUCUGUUGCAACACUAUUUCUACACCUUGAUGGGAGAAAGACUCACUACUAGAGUUCGCUUAUUAAUGUUCUCAGCUAUUCUUUCCAAUGAGAUUGGCUGGUUUGAUUUGGAUGAGAAUAGUACUGGCUCACUGACAUCAAAGUUAGCAGCAGAUGCAACAUUAGUACGAAGUGCACUGGCUGACCGUCUAUCAACAAUUGUGCAGAAUGUAGCACUCACUGUGACUGCGUUUGUCAUUGCCUUUAGUUUCAGUUGGCGCAUAGCCUCUGUUGUUAUUGCCACAUUUCCCCUACUCAUUGGAGCUUCGAUAACUGAGCAACUAUUUCUUAAAGGAUUUGGAGGAGAUUACACCCAUGCCUACGCUCGAGCUACUGCAGUAGCACGUGAAGCAAUUACCAAUAUUCGUACUGUUGCAGCAUUUGGUGCUGAAAAGCGGAUAUCACUUCAGUUUGCCUGCGAACUCAACCAACCAAACAAGCAAACACUUCUGCGUGGCCACAUAUCAGGUUUUGGGUAUGGUGUAUCACAGCUCUUUGCAUUUUGUUCUUAUGCUCUUGGCCUUUGGUAUGCGUCGAUUUUGAUCAAGCAUCAUAAUUCAAACUUCGGAGACAUGAUCAAGUCCUUCAUGGUUUUAAUAGUCACAGCACUGGCAGUGGCAGAAACACUUGCUCUUGCACCUGACAUUGUAAAGGGAUCACAAGCACUUGGGUCGAUUUUUUAUAUUCUCCAUAGGAAAACGGCCAUAGACCCUGACAAUCCCACUGCAACAGUGGUAACGGAUAUCAAGGGAGACAUAGAGUUCUGGAAUGUGAGUUUUAAGUAUCCCACGAGGCCUGNAAACCCUGACAAUCCCACUGCAAAAGUGGUAACGGAUAUCAAGGGAGAUAUAGAGUUCUGGAAUGUGAGUUUUAAGUAUCCCACGAGGCCUGAUAUCGCCAUUUUNAGACCCUGA